AUUUCACAGUUGCACCGCGAGCUGUAACCUUAAAUAAUUGUAUGCCAACGCCGGUGAUGAUGUGCGGAUGAAAGGUCGGUGUGGAAAGGGGAACCACUGACUAAUCCCAUGACAGGACAUUCUUAUCGGACACGACAUUUGGGGAGGAUACAGCCAAGUGGCGGGGAGCCGAGAUGCACCAGCAAUCGGACAAAGCUGCCCCACUCUUGGUGCCAGUCUCAGGGAUUCACGUUUUGACCUUCGCUGUGAACAACUGAUGUGCCUUUUUCUGUCGGAGCCCCCCCGGGUGGGGAAAAGAAAAAUUCCAUUUGGAUUAACAGAACAAGAAACGUUUUAAUUUGCCUGGUGCAUUUCAACAACCCGUCUUGAUCGCUAUGGCCCGUUCCAUAUGUACCCUGAGAUUAAUGCUGUUAAGCUUUGGGAUUCUCAUUUUCCUGUGUGGGAUACUUGUUGUGAAUUUUGAAGAGCUGCUUCAUUACAGGUUUACACAGCGGCUGUCAAAACUGAAGCUUAAUUAUGUGUUUGGUUCAAGGUUACAAGUCAAUGACACUGAAGCAAAGAGAAUAAAUUACAGUGAGAAAAAAGCAGGUGACAGAGACUGCGACACGUGUACUUACAGUCAGGUGCUGAACUUCUGGCAAAAGCAAUUAACAAGAUGUGUGAGGAUUUACAGGGAGAUUGCAUCAUCUCCCAUUCAAGGGCAGACUGAAGAGGAUGUUAUUAAAAAUAUCACAGAGCUUCAGAAAUGCCCGUGGCACAAACAGGAGCUAGCAACUGAAGAAUUCAGAUCAGAACUGAAGAGAUGCUGUAAUGCUGCUUACAGCUGCCUGGUCACUCAAAAGAACACACCAGUGGGGACCGAGCUAGCUUAUGAUGCAGAGCCCAAGAAGAAAAUAAAAAUCACUCAUCAGAUUUUUACGAUUUUUCCCAAGGAAUCGUCCUUCAGCAGCCGGCAGUACAAGCGAUGUGCAGUCAUUGGCAACGGCGGGAUUUUGGUCAAUAGCAGUUGUGGGGCUGAAAUUGAUCAGGCUGAUUUUGUUUUCCGGUGCAACCUCCCUCCCAUAGGUGGGGAGUUCAGCCAACACGUGGGAACAAAAACUAAUUUGGUGACGGCAAAUCCAAGCAUAAUCACGGAGAGGUAUUCAGAACUCCACGCCCGGAGACGACCAUUUUUCACAAACUUGCUCGUCUACAAUGAUGCCCUUCUCCUCUUACCUGCCUUCUCGUACACCAUAAACACAGAUCGCAGUUUCAGGGCUCUUUACACUCUACAAGACUUCCAGGCCAAGCAGAAAGUUGUCUUUUUCAACCCAGUGUACUUGAAGCGCUUGACCGAGUUUUGGCGUGCCAAGGGAAUUCAAGUGAAACGUCUCUCUACUGGCAUAAUGAUCGUAAGUCUUGCGCUGGAACUUUGUGAAGAAGUGUGGAUUUAUGGAUUUUGGCCCUUUAGGAAAGAUGCUAAUGGCAAGGUCAUACCACAUCACUAUUUUGACAAUCGGCUGCCGAGGGCAGCUGUCCACUCAAUGCCAACAGAAUUUCACCAUCUUCUACAAAUGCACAGCAAAGGAAUUGUCAAACUUCAGAUGACUCAGUGCCAGGUGAAUCCAAAGUAAAUAGGCAACCUGCACGUUCGAGUUUAAUAACAUUAGAUCACUGUCAAUAGCUGUUAAAUGAGCAACGAAGAGCUCGACUUUCAAUCAGUAGGGUUUUCAGGUCCUUGGUUGUCCAUCGCUUAAGUUCACUUGUCUCAGUUGGUUGGGUAUGUCUGGUUUGCUUUGUUUGGAAACAUUUAUAUUUUGGAAUGUAGCUAGAAGUAGUGACAUGGUCAUUGACAAUUAACCAAUUAGAAAAGUAGGAUCAUCAACAAAUGCCAACCUCUUGCAUUGGAAAUGGGGCAGGCCCAAUAAACAGCUCCAGGCAGGAAGGAUAAUCCUUAAGUACAAUAACCAAAGAAGCAGCUUAGAAACCAAAUCUAUCUUGCUCCUUCCCCAAACCUCAGGCCACUCCGGUCUCAUCAAUUUUUUUUUACCCAUUCAAUUCCUCAUUCCUAAUGCUUUCUGCCAGUUCCUCUUUCAGUUUGGAAUUCAAAUCAAUUUGAUCUGUAGAUUUGAGUUCCAGAUUUUAAUUGAGCAGCUGGCUAGAUAAAAAUGAGCUGGUUACUUACUGAUUAUAACUUGAUCCUUCUGACUUUUAACCCGCAAGUGGCUGGAACACCCACCUAAAGUAUAUAGGUGGGACCAUAUGAAUUAGGCAAAUCAGGAACUUCCUACAUCAUUAGGACUCUGAUUUCACCUUAGCUGGGGCCUUGAGUAGGAAACCAGGCACAUGUUUCUGCCAGACUGAAGCAGGAUGGUAGCUGAUCUGGAGAAAGGAAACUCUCCAGCAUAGGUGUACAGCUUUCCUUUAUGGAGUCAGGAGGGGCAGGAAUGCUCCUUCACAACUCACAAGGUAACCCCUGAAUUCUGCUCCCCCAGACUCCUUCACCCCUUUCUGCUACCCUGACACUCUCUUGAAAUCUGGCAUACGAGUGAAGAUUGUACAGUCUUUCACUGUCGGCCGCCCCUCUGUACCUUUCUCCUGCCUGGAACAGCAGGAACGGUGACAUUUAAAUGAGGCAUGUUGGUUAAAAUCACUAUGAUGUCACGCUUUUGCUGAUGGGAGGGGGAGAUAUUUAUCAAAGUGGUUUGUUGAUGGAAUGCCCAUUCCUGGCUUGGAAAGCCAAUGCUAAGCAUGUAACUGUACAAAAUGCCUCAUCCGUGGUGUCCUCCCUUUUUUUGUUAAUGAGCUGCUAGAAAAAUCAGGAGAUGUCCCACCUUCAAUCUGUGCAUUGUGAUGAGAAAACCGAAUUGAACCAGAGCAGUAAAGAAAGCAAAAACUUACAUUUAUAUAGCGCCGUUCAUGUUUUCAGGACAUUCCAAACCAUUGAAGUACUUUUGUUGUGUAACUGUUGUAAUAUAGGAAAAACACAGCUGCCCAUUUGCACACAGCAAGCUUCCACAGAUGGCAAUGUGAUCAUGAGAUUAUAGGUGAUGGUGGAGGGAUAAGUAUUGAACUGGACACAAGAAAUUCCUUUGCCUUUUUUUGAAUUUUUGCCAUGGGAUCGAUUACAUACACUUGAGGGGGCAGACAGGUUUAACAUCUCAUUUGGAAGAUGGUAUCUCCAACAGUGCAGCACUCCUUCAAUACUGUUCUGCAAGCAUCAGCCUAGAUUUUGUUAAAGGUUCUCUACGACCUUCUGAUUAAAAGGCAAGCAUGCUACCAUCUCGACUAAAGGUGACAAACUUUUAAUACGUUUGUGUGACUCUGUCUGGAGACAAACCCAUUUAUCUUGAUGUCACCGCUAAAGCCCCAAUCACAUGAUUGCAUUAAAGGUUCAUCACUAACAUUAUCAAUAGUACAAACAGAAAGAAAAUAUUGGCCCUGGUAGGAUGCAAUGCCAAUUCACUAGAAUAACUGAGGUGAAAGGGUUAAAUUAUGAUAACCAGGUGCAAAGGUUUGUAUUCUCUUGAGUAUAGAAGAUUAGGGGUGAUCUAACUGAGGUGUUUAAGAUCAUUAAAUGUUUUG